UUGGGCAAUUCUCAGAAGAAUUUAAAUCUACUGAGAUUGAGAAACACAGAAAAACAAGCUACAGCAUGGAGGCAUAUUGGGGUAUUGUGAAUAGCCUUGCCUUUCCUCUUCUUGGGUUGGUUUUGGCUUACAUUUUAUACAUUCAAGUGUCUGCAAGGAGUAAUGACAAAGCUACUACCUUGCCCUCGUACCCAAUAGUGGGCUCAUUUUUUGCCUUCUGGAAGAACAGAAGAAGGCUGCCGGAUUGGAUUACAGAGAAUCUGAGCAAGGCUCCCUCCCACACAAUCACCAUUGAGCGUCUGGGAACGAGGAAGACUAUUGUUACGGCCAAUCCGGCCAACAUAGAGCAUUUGCUCAAAACCCGAUUUGAAAACUAUCCCAAAGGCGACUUCUUCUCAAGCAUCUUGCGCGAUCUACUGGGCACAGGAAUCUUUAAUGUGGAUGGCGAGCACUGGAAAUUGCAGAGAAAGGUGGCCUCGUUCGAGUUCAACACGAGAUCCUUGCGAGAUUUCAUAACAGAGGUCGUGCAGGGAGAAAUCACCCAUCGACUCCUGCCGCUGCUCAGAAAAGCCGCUGGAGAAGAGAAAACUCGGCUGGAUGUUCAGGAUGUGUUGAAGAGAUUUGCCUUCGAUAAUAUCUGUAAAGUGGCCUUCGGCACGGACCCUGCUUGCCUAGAUAUUUCGCUUCCUGUUUCCCAGUUUGCAUAUGCCUUUGAUCUCGCCACGCAUUUGAGUUGUGAGCGCUUUGUGGCUCCCUUGCAGCUCCUGUGGAAGGUAAAGCGCGUGUUAAAUGUGGGUACUGAGAAGCGCUUAAGCAAAGCAAUCCGGGCCAUACAUGAGUUCGCACAGGAGGUUAUCCAAACAAGGAAGAUAGAAAUCUCUCUCUCCCAUCAGGAUCUCCUAUCCAGAUUUUUGUCACUUGACAGGAGCGCCGCCGGUGUGGAAGACCAAGGUUCAUAUGAUGAUUUUGUGAGAGAUAUAGUGAUAAGCUUUGUCUUGGCGGGCAGAGACACAUCAUCUGCCGCGCUCACAUGGUUUUUCUGGCUCUUGUCGUCUCAUCCUGAGGUCGAACAGCGUAUAAAUCUAGAGAUAACAAGUGUUAUAGCGGGCAGAGAAGCAGUUAUCCAGGAGGGAGAAAUGGUUUUCUCUUUCGAGGAAUUGAAACAUAUGAAGUAUCUACACGCCUGUAUUUGUGAAUCCAUGAGACUGUAUCCGCCUGUUCCAUCUGACUCAAAAGAGGCCUUGCAAGAUGAUGUCCUGCCUGACGGGACAGUGGUGUGCAAGGGGGUGCGUGUGAUAUACCACCCUUAUGCCAUGGGAAGGAUGCAGAGCAUUUGGGGCACCGACUGUUUGGAAUUCAAGCCGGAGAGAUGGCUGAAACAGGAUGACAAUGGAUCACUCCUAGUUGUGAAGGAGAAUGUUUUCAAAUACCCAGUGUUCCAGGCCGGGCCGCGAAUAUGCUUGGGGAAAGAAAUGGCGUUUAUUCAGAUGAAAUCCAUUGCAGCGAGUGUGCUAAGGGAGUUCAAAUUCAAGGUUGAUCCCGAUUUCAAACCCAAGUUCGUUGCCACGCUCACUGCAAAAAUGGAGACAGGCCUUCCUGUACGUGUUGAGAAACGUGAGCAUCUGAAAGGAAUUUGAAAAGCUAGCUCUAGCUUUCAUUUGCCAAGUGCUUUUGGCUUUCAUUUUUCGGCUUUUCGUUACAUCUUAUCUGCUCGUUUGUAGCAGAUCUUUAGUCUAUAUAAAACAGUUUGUUGUUUUUGUAGCAGAUCUUUCUUAAUCACUUAGUUUCUUUUGGCAGUGAUUUCUUUCCAU